AUGGAUGCUUGUUUCUCCCCCGAGGGCACUCACCUCCUCCCUGCCACGCCCCACAUCCUUAGGCUGGAAGACGGUGAUGAGGAUCUGAGAGCAGGAACCUCACAGGCAGUGUCACCUGAAGCGCUUGCUGAGAGAGCAGAAAGAUUUUGAGUGGCAUCGUAAGGCUCACUAUGAUGAGGGGAAGUACCUCAAAGCUCAGAAACUAGCUGCACAGGAAGUUGAAGAGGAGCCCCCAGGCACCUCUGGAUUGACCUGUGUGAUAGAGAAGCCCCUGACCUCCCAGGGAGUCCACCUACUUGGUCUUGCUGGGCAAGCACCCAGUGGAGAACAGAAGGCUACAGAGAAGCCUCUGACUAUCACUAUAACACAGUCUCAGCCUGGCACAGCCCUAACACAGAAGCACAAUGGGUCCCCUGUGAUGUCUGGCUGGUGUCACUGGCUGGUAACCAAGGAACUGAGCUGGAAGAGCCCAGGGAUUCCAGACAAAGAUGCUGGGGAAAGUCAGGGGCCCCCGGGAGGGCCUGAACGAAGGCAUGAGACACUUCGUCUACACUGGAGUCAGGAGGAGGACACUGUUCAAUAGAAGAUGUAGCAGACUCAGGAAGCUGGGGAAGAGGGGCAGGGGGAGACACUACAGACACCCCACUUCCCCAGGCCUUGGCUACCCAGAGAUGGACAAUAAAGAGCAAGAGGAGUCAGAAGUCCAGGUGCAUGGGAUUCAAUGAGCAGGAUGGGGUCUGGGCAAUAAGAAAAUGGUAGAAGGGCAGGGAAGGAUCUUGGGGGAAGUAUGAAAUGGAAAACACGGGGUUGUACAAAAGGGUCCAGGAAGUGAGGUAACAAGGCACGAUAGUAUUACAUGAUGCGUGACUAUGGGGUGUAAGGAUAACGUGAAAUUGGAAAAUCUGGAAAGAAAACACAGAGACUUGGAGGAGAAAUUGUGGGAGUAGUAAAGAAGGAGGAGUAUGGGAAUGAAGGACACAAACUCAGGGACCUGGGGAAGAAAGCAGACACCCUGGAAGGGGUGGAACCAGCUACUUCUCUGAUCUCAGACCUCCUCCACCAACCUCAGGCCCCACCUUCUGCCACUCCCAGUCAAUUCUGACCCCGUAGGGUGAGAGCUUCUUCAUUUGUAUCCCCUUCUUCCCCCUGGGGUUAAAGAACCCUCUCCUCCAUAGUCCCUCCUGCCCUAGAGAUAGACAUUUUCCUCCUUAAACUCAUACAUCAUCCCCUUCCUCCCCUCUGGGGGAGAGUCUUCUCUCUAUCUCCACUUCCACCCCAGAGAGAGAGUUAGCCCUCUUCUCCACAGCACCCAAGAUGACCGUCAAACUAGACUUUGAGGAGUGUCUAAAGGACUCCCCCCGAUUCCGGGCUUCCAUUGAGUUGGUGGAAUCAGAUAUAUCAGAAUUGGAGAAUCGUCUGGAGAAGCUCCUCAAGCUCGGUUCUAGCCUACUGGAGAGUGGGCGCCAUUAUCUUGCUACUUGUCGAGCCUUCAUCAGUGGCAUUCAGGAACUCUCGAACCUGGGUCCUCCAGAGCCCAUGAUGACUGAAUGCCUGGACAAAUUUACAGAGAGCCUGAGUCACAAAAUCAAUUGCCAUGAAGACCUCUUGAAUGCCACUCAACAGACACUGAAGCAGCAGAUCCAGAGUUUUGUGAAGGAGAGUCUCCGUGGUUUCUGGGAAGCCCGAAAAGAGUUUUGGAGAGGGGCAGAGUCCCUGGAGGCAGCUCUCAGUCACAAUGCUGAAGUCCCCCGGCGCAGGGCACAUGAAGCGGAAGAAGCAAUGUCUGCACUGAAGACUGUCAGAGCAGGAUACCAAGGGCGGGCAUUGGACUAUGUGUUGCAGAUCAAUGUGAUCCAGGACAAGAGGAAGUUUGACAUCAUGGAGUUUGUACUUCGAUUGGUGGAAGCUCAGGCAAUAUACUUCCAGCUGGGUCAUGAAGAAUUGAAUGGGAUAGGAGUCUACCACAAAGAGCUGGGGGCCCAGUUACACAAGCUUGUCCUGGAGUCUGCACGGGAAAAAAGAGACAUGGAGCAGAGACAUGUGCUGCUGAAGGAGCAGGAGCUGAGUGGAGAGGAACCUGAGCCAGGCCUGAAGGAAGGACCAGGCGGGCUGGUGAUGGAAGGCCACCUCUUCAAAAGGGCCAGUAACGCUUUCAGGACAUGGAGCCGACGCUGGUUCACCAUUCAGAACAACCAGCUGGUUUAUCAGAAGAGGUACAAGGAUCCUAUGACAGUGGUUGUGGAUGAUCUUCGACUGUGCACAGUGAAACUCUGCCCUGACUCUGAAAGAAGAUUCUGCUUUGAAGUUGUCUCCCCCAGCAAGUCCUGCCUCCUCCAGGCAGACUCAGAGCAUCUUCUUCAGUUGUGGGUCAGCGCUGUGCAAAGCAGCAUCGCUACAGCCUUCAGCCAGGCCCAGGAGGAGAGAGGCUCUCUGGACCAGGGCCCCUCUCACUCGGCCUCAGGCUUGGCCUCCACCUUGGCUUGUGGAGGAGCAUCCAGGGGGACAGGCCGAGGGUCUGGUGUGGCAGGACGGGUGGCAGCCCAGGUACAGAGUGUGGAGGGGAAUGCCCAGUGCUGUGAUUGCCGGGAACCUGCUCCAGAAUGGGCAAGCAUCAAUCUUGGUGUGACCCUCUGCAUCCAGUGCUCUGGAAUUCACAGAAGCCUAGGGGUUCAUUUCUCCAAAGUCCGAUCUCUGACCCUUGAUUCCUGGGAGCCCGAACUGGUGAAGCUGAUGUGUGAGUUGGGGAACGUUGUCAUCAACCAGAUCUAUGAAGCUCGAAUACAGGAAAUGUCUGUGAAGAAACCUGGACCAACUUGUUCCCGGCAGGAGAAAGAGGCGUGGAUUCAUGCCAAAUAUGUGGAGAAGAAAUUUCUGACCAAGCUGCCUGUGGCCAGGGGACGAAAAGUGGGGCGUGGCCAGCCACGAGGGCAGCCUCCAUUGCCCCCUAAGCCCCAGCUUCCGCCCCGACCAGGGAACGCAGGGGCCAAACCAGCGCUCCCUUCUGGUGAAUUGGGAUGCUUACACCCCGGAGCCUUGCUGUUCUGGGCGGCUGGGCCACCCCCAUCUCUUCCCACCAUGGCUGAUGCCCUUGCCCACGGAGCUGAUGUCAACUGGGUAAACGGGGCACAGGAAAAUGCAACCCCACUCAUCCAGGCCACAUCUUCGAACUCCCUGCUUGCCUGUGAAUUUCUCCUGCAAAAUGGAGCAAACGUGAACCAGGCUGACAGCAUGGGGAGGAGCCCCCUCCACCAUGCCACCAUCCUCGGCCACACUGGCUUGGCCUGUCUGUUCCUAAAACGAGGGGCAGACCUUGGCGCUCAGGAUUCUGAAGGGAAAGACCCUCUGACCAUUGCCAUGGAGACAGCCAAUGCAGAUAUUGUCACUCUGUUACGUUUGGCCAAGAUGAGGGAAGCUGAAGUGGCCCAAGGGCAGGCAGGAGAUGAGACAUAUCUGGACAUUUUCCGAGACUUCUCCCUCAUGGCUUCUGAUGAUCCAGAGAAGUUAAGCCGCCGAAGCCAGGAUCUCCACACACUCUGAACUAGAGAGCUAGACCCCCAACCUCCUACCUUUGGAAUCAUUCAUAUUAAAAUGACCUCUCAGCUACC